AUAGCCAGGAAGGCUUUGCCAGGGACUGCUUCCAAUUGAUGAAACCGCAGUGGGUCUUUCUGAUGUGUGGAAACUGGGUUGUCCCAGAUCCAGCUGAAUUCAUCUAUCUACACACAAUACUGGGUGUUGCUCCAGAGUUGUGGUUCUUAUUCUGAUUAUUAAAGGCUGGAAACAGCACUUCUGCUGCAGAGUUGACCAUAGUGCACAUGAAUUGCUCAUAGUGAGUUCAAGAUGGGUAAGAAGAAAUUCAGUGGAUUAGAAGUCACUCUGAUCACUCUCUUCAUUCUGGUGGCGAUUGUGGCUUGUGCCUUGAUUGGACUUCUUGCAACAGGUCAUUCUGGUCUCAAAGACUUUUCACCAACAUGUCCCGCUGUACCAUUCUCUGACCGAAUAGACUGCAUUUCAGAUCAAGUGGCCACAAAGAGUCUCUGCACACUCCGUGGCUGCUGCUGGGAUCCUCAGAAUGAAACGUUCAUCCCUUGGUGCUAUUUUUCUAAUAGUCAUGGGUACAAAGCUGACGGAGGCCAAAAACAGACAAAUACAGGAUUUGAAGUUAAACUAAAAAGAUUGCCUGCACCAUCCCUCUUUGGAGCUGAUGUUGAAGAAGUUCUCCUCACUGCAGAAUAUCAGACAGCAAACCGCUUUCGGUUCAAGAUUACAGAUCCUGCUCAUAAUAGAUAUGAAGUCCCACAUGCCAAUGUUAAACCUUUUGAAGGACCCAAAGCAAGCAAUCCAAGCUACAGGGUUGAAAUUACUGACAGUCCUUUCAGCAUCCAAGUGAUUAGGAAUAUCAAUAAUAAAGUUCUCUUUAACACCAGCAUUGGACCACUUGUGUAUGCCGACCAGUUCUUGCAACUCUCCAUCAGACUGCCCAGUCAAAAUGUUUAUGGAAUUGGAGAACAUGUUCAUAAACAGUAUAGGCAUGACUUUAACUGGAAAACAUGGUCAAUAUUUACCCGGGAUGCUGCACCUCUUGGAGACAUGCAUAACCUUUAUGGUGCUCAGACUUUCUUCUUGUGUCUGGAAGAUGCCAGUGGACACUCCUUUGGUGUAUUCUUGAUGAACAGCAAUGCCAUGGAUUUUGCUCUCCAACCUGCCCCAGCGGUUACAUACAGAACAAUUGGUGGAAUUCUAGAUUUCUACAUAUUAUUGGGAAACACUCCAGAACAGGUUGUCCAAGAAUAUCUAGAGCUGAUAGGACUUCCAUGGAUGCCAUCAUAUUGGAAUCUUGGAUUUCAGAUCUCUCGCUGGGAUUAUGCUGAUCUUGAUGAUGUAAAAGCCACAGUGGAAAGGAAUAGGGCAGCUGGAAUACCUUAUGAUAUUCAAUACACUGAUAUUGACUACAUGGAAGAUGCCAAAGCUUUUACCUAUGACAAAAUAAAAUUUGCAGGCCUUCCUGAGUUUGCUCAAGACCUUCAUGACCAUGGACAGAAAUACAUCAUAAUAUUGGACCCAGCCAUUUCUAUUCAUGAUCUCCGCAACAAUACACCCUAUGAGGCCUAUAGAAGGGGCAAUGAGAUGAAAGUGUGGAUCAAUGAGUCAGAUGGAAUAAAGCCUCUCAUUGGAGAGGUGUGGCCAGGAAUAAGUGUCUAUCCUGAUUUUUCCAAUCCCGAUACUGUUACAUGGUGGUCUAAUGAGUGCAAAACUUUUCAUGAGACUAUUCAGUUUGAUGGAUUGUGGAUUGAUAUGAAUGAAGUAUCCAAUUUUGUUAAAGGGUCCACAACUGGCUGUGCACAAAACAACUUGAACUAUCCACCAUUUACUCCAAAAAUUCUUGAUGGUGUCAUGUACUCAAAAACACUUUGUAUGGAUGCAGUGCAGAAGGCAGGCAAAGAGUAUGAUGUACACAGCCUCUAUGGAUUUUUCAUGAGUACUGCUACUGACCAAGCUCUUCAAACUGUUUUCCCUGGCAAGAGAAGCUUACUUCUUUCUCGAUCUACUUUUGCUGGAUCUGGAAAAUUCACAGGACACUGGCUGGGUGAUAAUGAUGCCACCUGGAAUAAUAUGAAGUGGGCCAUACCAGGAAUGUUGGAAUUUAAUCUUUUUGGCUACCCUUAUAUUGGAGCAGAUAUUUGUGGCUUUCUCCUAAAUGUCUCUGAAGAACUUUGUAGACGGUGGUUACAAGUUGGAGCAUUUUACCCAUUUUCAAGGAAUCACAAUAGUGAAAAAAAUGAUCCUAAGGAUCCUGCAUAUUUUGGGCAAGACUCUCUCUUGGUGAAUUCAACCAAACAUUAUCUAAACAUACGUUACACCUUGUUACCAUAUCUCUACACCCUCUUUUAUAAAGCACAUGCCCAUGGAGAGACAGUUGUGAGACCUGUUCUACAUGAGUUCUACUCAGAUGAAGCCACCUGGGCUAUUGACAGACAGUUCUUGUGGGGGCCUGGGCUGCUUAUUACUCCAGUCCUGGAUGAGGGUGCAAACACAGUGGAUGCAUAUAUGCCUGAUGCUGUGUGGUAUGAGUAUGAAACAGGCAGAAAGGCAAUUUGGAGGAAACAACAAUGUCAGAUGUAUCUCCCAGCAGAUAAACUAGGACUUCAUCUCAGAGGAGGCUACAUCUUUCCUACUCAACAACCAGCCAACACAACCGUUUUCAGUCGUGUAAACCCUAUGGGGCUUAUAAUUGCCUUAAAUGACAAUGGAACAGCAACAGGAGAAUUAUUCUGGGAUGAUGGCGAAACAAGAGGUACAGUGGAAAAUAAAGCCUACCUCUUAUAUCAAUUUAGUGUCUCCAAUGAUGUCUUAACUAUGUCUGUGGCACAAAAUGGUUACCAAGACCCAAAUAACUUAGAAUUUCAGGAAGUCAAGAUCUUUGGAUUAUCCCUAGAAGUUACAGAAGUGAAAGUCACAUCAAACAACGUGGCUCAGAAUUAUCCUGUCAAUUUCAAUUAUAAUGCUGCAGAUAAGGUUGUUCAUAUCACAGGCCUUCAGCUUAAACUAGGGGAAGAACACACAGUCUCCUGGAACCAGGUCUUGAAAGAUAGUGAUAAAUUUGAUUGUUAUCCUUAUCAAGAUGCAACACAGGCAAAUUGUCAAGCCCUAGGCUGUACCUGGGAGUCUUCCACAACUCCAGGAGUUCCAUACUGUUACUUCCAUAACAAUGCUGGUUAUACCAUCAACAAUGUUCAGUACACAUCUUCUGGUUUUACCGCAGACCUUAGCACAAGCCAGAGAUCUGUUAGAGCUGCAAAACUGUCCAUAACUCCUAUUAACACACUGCGCUUGGAGGUUAAAUAUCAUGAAAACCACAUGUUUCAGUUUAAGAUUUAUGAUUAUAGCAAUAAAAGAUAUGAAGUUCCGGUCCCAUUGAACCUCCCCAGCACUCCUGCAGGCACCACUGAGAAUCGUCUCUAUGAUGUUUCAGUUCAAAACAAUCCAUUUGGUAUCCAAAUUCUGCGCAGAAGUACUUGGACAGUCAUCUGGGAUUCACAAUUACCUAGUUUCAUCUUCAGUGACAUGUUCAUUCAGAUUUCAACUCGCUUACCAUCACAGUAUGUGUAUGGCUUUGGGGAAACAGAGCACAAACAAUAUCGGCAUGAAAUGGACUGGCAUACUUGGUCAAUGUUUGCAAGGGAUCAGUCUCCUGGAUAUAAAUUGAACACUUAUGGAGUUCACCCCUUUUACAUGGGUUUGGAAAAUGAUGGAAAUGCUCAUGGAGUUCUCUUGCUGAACAGUAAUGGAAUGGAGGUGAAAUUACAGCCUACCCCAGCUUUGACUUAUCGUACCCUAGGAGGGAUUUUGGACUUUUAUGUAGUGCUGGGCCCAACUCCAGAACAAGUGGUUCAGCAAUACACUGCACUUAUUGGACGCCCAGUCAUGCCUCCCUAUUGGGGUUUAGGAUUCCAGUUGAGCCGUUAUGGAUAUGAAACUGAUGGAGAUAUCUCUAAUUUGUACAAUGAAAUGAAGGCAGCUAAAAUUCCUUAUGAUGUACAGUAUGCAGAUAUUGAUUACAUGGAGCGGCAGAUGGACUUCACACUCAGUCCCAAAUUUUCAAACCUUUCAUCUGUGGUAGACAGGAUUAAAGAAGAUGGCAUGAGAUUUGUCAUCAUUUUGGAUCCGGCUAUUUCAGGAAAUGAAACUAAUUAUCCAGCAUUCACAAGAGGUGUUCAGGAAGACGUCUUCAUUAAAUGGCCCAAUGGCAGUGGUAUUGUGUGGGGGAAGGUAUGGCCAUAUUUGCCUGAUGUCGUUGUGGAUCCAUCUCUAGGCUGGGAUGAAAGAGUAGAAAAAUACUGUGCUUGGGCUGCAUUCCCAGAUUUUUUCCGUGAGUCUACAGCUGAGUGGUGGAAAAGGGAAAUCCAGGAAUUCCACACUAACCCUGUGAACCCUGAAAAAAGUAUUAAAUUUGAUGGAUUAUGGAUUGAUAUGAAUGAACCAGCCAAUUUUGUCAAUGGUGCAGUUCAUGGCUGUGGGGAUUCUGAGCUCAAUUUUCCUCCAUACAUGCCAGGUAUUGUGGGAAAGGAAGUAGGAUUGUGUAGCAAAACUCUGUGCAUGCAGAGUGAACAGCUUCUGCCUGAUGGAACUCAACUUCGACAUUAUGAUGUUCACAAUUUAUAUGGCUGGUCUCAAACUAAGCCUACAUAUGAUGCCCUUCAUAGUGUCACUGGACAACGUGGCAUCAUCAUUACUCGUUCAACAUUUCCUUCAAGUGGCAAGUGGGCAGGACAUUGGCUUGGUGAUAACUUCUCCCUGUGGGAUCAGCUUUACAAAUCCAUAAUAGGCAUGAUGGAAUUUAGCCUCUUUGGAAUGUCAUAUACUGGUGCAGAUAUCUGUGGCUUCAACUAUCAUACAGACUACCAAAUGUGUGCCCGAUGGACACAACUGGGUGCCUUUUACCCAUAUGCCAGAAACCAUAAUGGCAUAGGAUAUGUGAGGCAAGAUCCUGUAGCCUUUGAUGAGAAAUUUCAAGAAAUAUCCAGAAAUGUGCUCAACACCAGAUAUACUUUACUUCCCUAUCUUUAUACACUGAUGUAUGAAGCGCAUGCCCAUGGUAACACAGUUGUGCGGCCCUUACUGCAUGAAUUUGUAGAUGAUAAGGUCACAUGGGAGAUAUAUGAACAGUUUCUCUGGGGACCUGCAUUGCUUAUUAGCCCUGCACUGCAUCCAAAUGUUACAGAAGUGAAUGCUUAUUUUCCUGAUGCCCGCUGGUAUAAUUAUUACACUGAUGAAGUUGAAGGAAUAAGAAAAGGAUUCCUUAACUUACAAACUCCCCUUGAGCACAUCAACCUUCAUCUCAGAGGAGGCAACAUUAUUCCAUGGCAACUCCCUGCUUUGAAUACCCAGGCCAGCCGAAAAAAUAUGAUGGGUCUUACAGUAGCUUUGGAUGAUAAUGGGACUGCACAGGGACUUCUGUACUGGGAUGAUGGAACAACAAUUGAUGCAUAUGAAAAAGGUCUUUAUCUUCUGCAUACCUUUAAUGCCAGUCAGAAUGUCUUGAACAUUGGUAUUGCCCACCAGAGAUAUUUUGAUCCAAACAACUUAAAAUUUGGUGAAAUUAAAAUCCUUGGAGUAGUAUCCACUAUCAUUCCUGAUGUUAUAGUACUUCAGAAUGGUGAAAAAGUUCCAUCCAGUCACAACACAUCUUAUAAUGUUUCAUCUCAGGUCUUACAUAUUACAGGCUUGCAACUUGCAGUUGGGCAAGAAUAUGCACUGAGCUGGGAACCAGAGAAAAUUCAAGAUACAGACAAAUUUAACUGUCAUCCAUACCCAGAACCAACACAAAGCACUUGUGAAGCUCGUGGGUGCACCUGGGAGGUUGUUUCUACUCCUAGAGUGCCACACUGUUAUUAUCCCAGUAAAUAUGGGUAUACUGCCAGUAAUAUUCAAACUACUGCUGUGGGCUUAACAGCUGAUCUUCAUAGGAACACUGACUUCCCUAACCCAUAUGGUUCUAGGUCACCAGCAGUGGACCUGCUUCGUUUGGAAGUGACAUAUCAUUACAAUGACAUGCUGCAGUUUAAGAUCUAUGAUCCCAACAAUAAAAGAUAUGAAGUUCCAGUCCCCCUCUUCACCCCAAGCAACCCUGAAAGUACAGAUGCUAAUCGGCUCUAUCAAGUAGAAAUAGUCAACAAUCCAUUUGGUAUACAGAUCAAAAGGAAAAGUACUGACAGAAUUAUCUGGAAUUCUCAGGUCCCAGGCUUCACUUUCAGUGACAUGUUCAUUCAGAUUUCUACACUCCUGCCAUCACAGUAUGUAUACGGAUUUGGAGAAACUGAACACACUAGAUUCCGGAGAGAUAUGAAUUGGGAGACUUGGGGAAUGUUCACGAAAGACCAACCUCCUGGUUACAAACUGAAUUCGUAUGGUUUCCACCCCUUCUACAUGGGAAUGGAAAAUGAUGGAAGUGCUCAUGGAGUUCUUUUGCUGAACAGUAAUGCUAUGGAUGUCACCUUCCAACCAACACCUGCCCUCACAUAUCGCACAAUUGGAGGAAUUCUGGACUUCUAUAUGGUUUUAGGACCAAAUCCAGAAGAAGUUGUUCAAGAAUACACCAGACUUAUUGGUCGACCUGUCAUGCCACCUUAUUGGGCCUUGGGAUUCCAGCUUUGCCGCUAUGGAUACAAAAAUACUUCUGAAGUCCGUGAUUUGUAUAAUGCAAUGAGAGCUGCUAAAAUACCCUAUGAUGUACAAUAUACAGAUAUUGAUUACAUGGAAAGGAAGCUAGAUUUUACUCUUAGCAAAGACUUCAGUGAUCUUCCUGAAUUUAUCAAUGAAAUAAAAGCAGAUGGUUCAAGAUUCAUCAUCAUCCUGGAUCCAGCGAUUUCUGGCAAUGAAACCGAAUCAUAUAAGACUUUUACGAAAGGUUUGCAGAACAAGGUCUUCAUUACAUGGCCUAAUAGCACAGACAUCGCUUGGGCUAAGGUGUGGCCAGAUUAUCCUAAUGUAACAUAUCCUGAAGACUCAAGCUUGGAAGAACAACUUGCAUGCUGCCGAGCUGAUGUUGCUUUCCCUGAUUACUUCCGCAAUUCCACUGCACAGUGGUGGCAAGAAGAAAUAGAAAAUUACCAUGCCAAUGUUCUAAAAUUUGAUGGCCUAUGGACUGACAUGAAUGAACCAUCCAAUUUCAUUGAUGGAGCUAUUGGUGGCUGUAGAGAUCCAGAUUUAAAUUAUCCUCCAUAUAUGCCAGCAUUGGUCUUAAGAGAGAGAGGACUGAGUCUUGUUACGAUGUGCAUGGAAAGUGAACAGCAACUUCCUGAUGGGACACCUUUGAGACAUUACGAUGUACAUAACCUGUAUGGAUGGUCACAAGCAGAGUCCACUUACUAUGGCAUGCGCAAUGCCACAAGGGAACGUGGAAUCAUUAUCACCCGCUCAACAUAUCCAUCCAGUGGUCGAUGGGCAGGACAUUGGCUCGGUGACAACUAUGCAAGAUGGGAUCAGCUUGAUAAAUCUGUGAUUGGUAUCUUGGAAUUCAGCCUUUUUGGAAUCUCUUAUUCUGGUGCUGACAUCUGUGGAUUCUUCAAUGAUACAACCUAUGAAAUGUGUGCCCGAUGGAUGGAGCUUGGAGCCUUUUACACUUUCUCCAGAAAUCAUAAUGUGUUGUUAACUCGGAGGCAAGAUCCUGUCUCCUUUAACUCAACAUUUGAAGAUAUCUCACGGAACGUGCUUAACAUACGAUACAGAUUGCUACCCUAUCUCUAUACAUUAAUGCAUAAUGCCCAUGUUGAUGGCAGCACAGUUUCACGUCCUUUGCUGCAUGAGUUUGCUAAUGACAAGACAACCUGGGACAUCUACAAGCAAUUUUUAUGGGGACCAGCACUGAUGAUUAGUCCUGUACUUGAUCAAGGUGCUGUGACAGUUAAUGCUUACAUACCAGAUGCACGAUGGUAUGAUUAUCAUACGGGGACAGAUAUUAAAGUGCGAAAACAAUUCAAGACAUUGGAAGCACCUUUAGAGCAUAUCAAUCUUCAUAUCCGUGGUGGCUAUGUAAUUCCCUGGCAGGUGCCUAAUAUUACUACCAGUGCUAGCCGACAAAAUCCCAUGGGCCUUACCAUUGCUUUGGAUGACAAUGGGAUUGCCCAAGGACAACUUUACUGGGACGAUGGAGUUGGUAUUGAUACAUAUGAAAAUGGCAACUACUACUUCUCAAGAUUUCAAGUAUCUGAGAAUACUCUGACUGUCUCUGUGGUCCACAACAACUAUUUAACUGACACAGUUAAUUUGACAAUUGGUUCCCUGCACGUCUGGGGAAUCACAGCACCAGUUACUAAUGUUAAUAUUACUUAUGAUGGGAAGACGGAAAAUGCUGGUCAUCAGUAUGAUCCAACAAAUCAGAUACUUGAAGUUGACCUCACUGGCAAAAAUUGGCUUAUCUACAAAUUAAAUGAAGUGAAAUGGGUGACGACCACUUAGCUGUCUGUGAAAAAAUAACAGGACAAGGACAUCUCCAUAGUGAAACAAUUAUUUGCAAUUACACUGUAUGGGACAGGGUGGUAUGUUUGAAACACAUAAAUGAAGAAAUGACUGUUCCCUGAAUGUAAGUAAUAUUUGUAAUAAAACACUUUAAUUUUUAUUUUUAUAUAAAAAAAGGAGAACAUAUACAAUUGUGACAAUUCUGGAUUGUUGCUAUAGCCAUUAAAUUAGACAAAAAUGAAAAGAGGAUGUUUAAUUUAUUGAAAUACAAAAGGUAAUAGUUCUGUAAAAUAGGCAGUAGAAGUUUUUUUGAAGAUGAAUUAUCGCAGCAAAACUGUAUGAUAUGAAUCAAUUUUUUUUGUUCUAUUUUGCAGAGGCUAAAUAACUAGCAUGAUGGACUAUGUAAUUUUUCCUUAUGAUGAUGUUUCUAAAGCUCUGUGUAGUUUUUGUAAUUUAUUCCAGUUUAGCAAUAAAAUGUAAUUAACA